GGGUAAACCAGCAAAAUUUGUAGAUAAUACAUUUCAUCACCUCCAAAUGUUUUGCUCCUUCACUCAAACAAUGGCUGCUUCCCCCUCGUCCUUCUCUUUCUUUUCUUCCUCCAUUUUCCUCUCUAACCCCAACAUCCAAUCCUCAAAGCACCUCCUUUUCAGAUCCCCCAAAAAACUCUCUGUCGCUGCCAUUGCCACCAUCCGUUCAGAGGUCGCCGCUAUUCCAAUUCUGUCCUUCGAUGGUGCCGAGGUGGGCUCCACCACUCUCAAUCUAAAAUCUGCCCCUCUAGAUACCGCACGCGCCGUCGUCCAUCGUGGGCUCACCACCGACCUCCGCAACCAACGCCGCGGCACUGCCUCCACUCUCACACGCUCAGAAGUCCGGGGCGGUGGUAUCAAACCUUACCCUCAAAAGAAAACGGGCCGAGCUCGCCGCGGUUCAAAUCGAACUCCUUUGCGGCCCGGUGGUGGGGUUGUGUUUGGACCGAAGCCAAAGGACUGGUCAGUUAAAAUCAACAAAAAGGAAAAGAGACUGGCCAUUUCUACGGCGCUUUCAAGUGCUUGGGAGAAUACUAUCGUUGUAGAAGAGUUUAAUGAUAAAUUUGAAAAGCCAAAGACUAAGGAAUUUAUUGAAUUGAUGAGGAGGUGGGGUUUGGACCCUAAAGAGAAAUCUUUGUUUUUGAUGACGGAGGUUUCAGACAAUGUGAUUCUGUCCAGCAGAAACAUUGGGACUUUGAAAAUGUUGACUCCAAGAACGUUGAAUCUGUUAGACAUAUUGGAUUCUGAGAAGCUGGUUUUAACUAAAUCGGCUGUGGAUUUCUUGAAUGAGCGGUAUGGCGAUGAAAAUGAAUGGGAGGAUGAGGAAGGAGACGACCAAGAAGAUAAUGAUGGUGGUGAGGCGGAGGAGAGCGCUGAAAGUUCUGAGUAAUAAUAUUGCGGCAGAAAGAAAAUCUUACAGGGAGUUUGCAUAUUUCACUUUAAAUUGUAUGAUAAAACUAGGGGAUUUUGGUUGAUUCAAGCACUGUCUUUAUGGAUAGUUGUGUAUUUACCUUCCUUGCCUUACUUUUGUCCUAAUUUUUGUUUCUCUCUCGUUUCCGGCAACUCAGUUUAAUUUUAAUGCAUUCAUUUACAAGUA